CGCAUCCCCUUACCUUGAUCCCUUCCUAUCGGAUGUUCUAGAUGACUGAAUGGAGUUUUGAGUUGGACUUUUGUGUCCCUGCCGGAAUUGGGUCUGAUCCCAGAGCACUGGGGGUGGGGUGGAGGUGUUCCUGUAAAAUGCAAGUUGGAUAAAAAGAAGACCUCUCGCCAAGGGCCCCAAUGAGUGGCACACAGUCUACUAUCACGGACAGGUUUCCCCUCAAAAAACCUAUAAGGCAUGGAAGUAUUUUGAACCGAGAGUCACCAACAGAUAAGAAGCAGAGAGUCGAACGCAGCACAUCACAUGAUUUUGACCCAACAGAUAGCUCCUCCAAGAAGACAAAGUCUAGUUCAGAGGAGAGUAGAUCCGAGAUCUAUGGUCUUGUUCAACGCUGUGUGAUCAUCCAGAAAGAUGACAAUGGAUUUGGGCUGACAGUCAGUGGAGAUAAUCCAGUCUUCGUACAGUCUGUCAAAGAAGAUGGAGCAGCCAUGCGGGCUGGAGUUCAGACAGGCGAUCGAAUCAUCAAGGUGAAUGGAACUCUGGUGACUCAUUCAAACCAUUUGGAGGUGGUGAAGCUAAUCAGAUCUGGUUCCUAUGUAGCUCUCACUGUUCAGGGACGCCCACCUGGGUCGCCCCAGAUUCCACUUGCUGAUUCUGAAGUAGACCCACCAGUCAUUGGACAUAUGUCUCCCAUCAUGACAUCCCCUCAUUCCCCUGGAGCUUCUGGGAAUAUGGAGAGAAUCACUAGUCCUGUGCUCAUGGGGGAGGAAAACAAUGUGGUCCAUAACCAAAAAGUAGAAAUUUUGAGAAAAAUGUUGCAGAAAGAACAAGAACGGCUGCAGUUAUUGCAGGAAGAUUACAACCGAACACCUGCCCAAAGAUUGCUAAAAGAGAUCCAGGAGGCCAAGAAGCACAUUCCUCAGCUGCAGGAGCAGCUAUCCAAAGCCACAGGCUCUGCUCAGAGUCCUAAAAAUAGCCUGAAGGAGAGGAUUUACCUAGAAGAAACCCUGGAGAAAACUGAAUCGAUUCAGGACACUGACACCCAAACACUUGUCGGGAGUCCCUCUACCCGUGUAGCACCACAUAUUAUUGGAGCAGAGGAUGAUGAUUUUGGUACGGAACAUGAACAGAUCAAUGGGCAGUGCAGCUGUUUCCAGAGCAUUGAACUACUAAAGUCUCGCCCUGCCCACUUGGCUGUUUUUUUACACCAUGUAGUUUCACAAUUUGACCCUGCAACAUUGCUCUGUUACCUCUAUUCAGACCUGUAUAAACAGACUAAUUCCAAGGAAACUCGCCGUGUCUUCCUUGAGUUUCAUCAGUUCUUCCUGGAUCGAUCUGCUCACCUGAAAGUUUCCGUUCCUGAUGAAAUAUCUGUAGAUCUAGAAAAAAGAAGACCUGAGCUUAUUCCUGAGGAUCUGCAUCGCCACUAUAUCCAAACUAUGCAAGAAAGAGUCCACCCAGAAGUUCAGAGGCACUUGGAGGAUUUUCGACAGAAACGUAGCAUGGGACUGACAUUGGCUGAAAGUGAGCUGACUAAACUUGAUGCAGAGAGAGACAAGGACCGGGUAACUUUGGAGAAGGAGCGGGCAUGUGCAGAACAGAUUGUUACCAAAAUUGAAGAAGUAUUGAUAACUGCUCAGGCUGUAGAAGAAGAAAAGAGUUCCACAAUGCAGUAUGUUAUUCUCAUGUAUAUGAAGCAUUUGGGGGUAAAAGUGAAAGAACCUCGAAACUUGGAGCACAAGCGGGGUCGGAUUGGAUUCCUUCCAAAAAUCAAGCAAAGUAUGAAGAAAGAUAGAGAAGGCGAUGAAAAAGGGAAGCGAAGAGGAUUCCCAAGCAUUCUGGGACCCCCACGGAGACCAAGCCGCCAUGACAACAGUGCAAUUGGCAGAGCCAUGGAAAUACAGAAGCUACGCCACCCAAAGCACUUAUCCACACCCUCGUCUGUGAGUCCUGAGCCUCAGGACUCUGCUAAGUUGCGCCAGAGUGGGUUAGCAAAUGAAGGAACAGACACUGCAUGCCUGCCUGCCAGUUCCGUAGCCUCUGUCACUUCAGGGGCUGCUGUUUUCCAAGAAGGAGGGAAAGAGAAUGAUACGGGAUCAAAACAAAUUGGAGAAACACCAGCACCCGGAGACUGCCUGGACAGCACACCUCGUACUCCCAAUACCAUUUUUGAUUUCCCGCCUCCUUCCUUAGAUCAAGUACAGGAGGAGGAAUGUGAAGUAGAGAGGGCGACAGAACACGGAACACCAAAGCCCUUUAGAAAGUUUGACAGCAUAGCCUUUGGAGAAAGUCAAAGCGAGGAUGAGCAAUUUGAAAAUGACCUCGAGACAGAUCCACCCAACUGGCAGCAGCUUGUUAGUAGAGAAGUGUUACUGGGACUAAAACCUUCUGAGAUCAAAAGACAAGAAGUGAUUAAUGAAUUGUUCUACACUGAAAGAGCUCAUGUUCGAACACUGAAGGUUCUUGACCAAGUAUUCUAUCAACGAGUAUCCAGAGAAGGAAUUCUGUCACCUUCAGAACUACGAAAGAUUUUUUCAAACUUGGAAGAUAUUCUUCAACUUCAUGUUGGGUUGAAUGAGCAAAUGAAAGCUGUUCGAAAGAGGAAUGAGACCUCUGUUAUUGACCAUAUUGGGGAAGAUUUGCUCAUCUGGUUCAGUGGACCAGGGGAGGAGAAGUUGAAACACGCUGCUGCUACAUUUUGCAGUAACCAACCUUUUGCUCUGGAAAUGAUCAAGUCUCGUCAGAAAAAGGAUUCUCGAUUCCAGACUUUUGUACAAGAUGCUGAGAGUAAUCCCCUGUGUCGUCGUCUUCAGCUGAAGGAUAUCAUUCCCACCCAAAUGCAGAGACUUACUAAGUACCCACUUCUUUUGGAUAAUAUUGCCAAAUACACAGAAUGGCUACCAGAAAAGGAGAAGGUGAAGAAGGCUGCAGAUCACUGUCGACAGAUCUUAAAUUAUGUAAAUCAGGCUGUCAAGGAGGCAGAAAACAAGCAGCGCUUAGAAGAUUAUCAGCGUCGCCUUGAUACCUCCAAUCUCAAGUUGUCCGAGUACCCAAAUGUCGAAGAGCUCAGGAAUUUGGAUUUAACAAAAAGAAAGAUGAUUCAUGAAGGCCCAUUAGUUUGGAAGGUGAAUAGAGACAAAACUAUUGAUCUAUACACAUUGCUGCUGGAAGACAUCCUUGUACUGUUGCAAAAGCAAGAUGAUAGACUGGUGUUAAGGUGUCACAGUAAGAUUCUGGCAUCUACAGCUGAUAGCAAACACACAUUCAGUCCUGUCAUUAAGCUGAGUACAGUGUUGGUUCGACAAGUGGCAACAGAUAACAAAGCUUUAUUCGUCAUCUCCAUGUCAGAUAAUGGAGCCCAAAUUUAUGAAUUGGUGGCACAGACAGUUUCUGAAAAGAAUGUCUGGCAGGACCUCAUCUGUCGAAUGGCUGCGUCUGUGAAGGAGCAGUCCACGAAGCCCAUUCCUCUCCCACAGUCGCCCCCUUGCGAAGGAGACAAUGAUGAAGAAGAACCACCGAAAUUAAAAGUGGAGCACCAUGGUAUUUCAGUCACUGGUCUACAGAGUCCAGACAGAGAUUUGGGAUUAGAAUCUCCCUUAAUUUCGUCAAAACCUCAGUCUCAUUCACUGAGUACCUCUGGGAAAUCAGAAGCAGACCAUCUCUUCAUCACUGAGACACAGUUUGCAAAGGAGCAGCAUGUGAAUGGGACACUCAAGGAAGGUGGAGGAAAUUAUCCAGUAACAAUCCUAGAUCCACACUUGCCUGUCUCAGAGGAGCGGUGGGCAUUGGAUGCACUGAGGAAUUUGGGUUUGUUGAAGCAAUUGCUUGUACAACAGUUAAGUCUGACUGAAAAGAAUGCUCAAGAAGACUGGCAGUCCUUCUCAAGAUAUGGGCCAGCCUCUGAAGAGGUACAGGCAGACAGUGGCAUCCAGAACUCUGAAAACAUUAGGGCUUACCGUGCUGGUGAAGGACAGAUGCCCUUUAAAACUGGAACUGGUGACAUUGCAACUUGUUACAGUCCACGGACUUCAACUGAAUCUUGUACUGCACAGGAUUCAGUGAUACUGGCAUCCCAAGACAGCCAGGCAAGUAACAUUUUAGUAAUGGACCACAUGAUCCUGACCCCAGAGAUGCCUACCACAGAGCCAGAAGGGGGUCUGGAUGACAGUGGAGAGCACUUUUUUGAUGCCCGUGAAGCACAUAGUGAUGAUAAUCCAUCAGAAGGUGAUGGAGCAGUUACAAAGGAAGAGAAGGAUGUUAAUUUUCGCAUCUCAGGAAACUGUUUGAUCCUUGAUGGCUAUGAUGCAGUGCAGGAGAGCUCCACAGACGAGGAGGUUGCGUCCUCAUUCACUCUGCAGCCUGUGCCAGGCAUCCCCUCUGUGGACUCUACUCACCAACAACAUUCUCCCCAGAAUUCUCAUUCUGAUGGUGCAGUUUCACCAUUCACCCCAGAAUACCUGGGUCAGCGACGCUGGAGAGCUAUGGACGAUGCUUGUUUUGAGAUCCAGAGUCUCUCUUGUACAGAUUCACAAAGCCAAAUCAUGGAGUACAUUCAUAAGAUAGAGGCUGACCUCGAACACUUAAAGAAGGUGGAGGAAAGUUACACCCUUCUUUGCCAAAGGCUGGCUGGCUCAGCCCUCCCUGACAAGCUCUCAGAUAAAAGCUAGAGCCCAGCGUCCUGGAGGUGACUGCAGGUUGUUGGAUUUGAGUGUCAGCCUUGUAUCAACCACAUCCUGGCUCCAGUGCGGAUGCAGAGUGUGACAGAGGAUCUGCCUGGAAGCACCUGGGCUCAGCCAUGCCCCAGGGCCCCAAAACGGGACUAGUUCUUCAGUCUGGCAGCUGUACAAGUCUGUCAGUGAGGGAAUGUCUGUUCUCUCACUCUCCUCUCCUCACUAUCAGAAAUGCAUUUUGAUUCAGAAAAUAAACCAAAUGUAUAGAGCUUUGGGUGUAGGAUAUAAAAUUGUACUUAGGCAUAAGAAAAAGAAAAUCAGAUGUAUUUAUUUGACUUCAUUCCGUAUUUGAAAGCACAUUUUAAUUUUUACUUUGCUUUGUUUCAGUUGAGUAGGUGAGCAUUUUAGCUCUUUGUAUUUAGUAUACCCAAGAAUAAUUUGCACCUGAAGCCAAGGUCAGGUGGAGGAUGAGGAAGAAGUUGGUGUAGAGGCAAUGCAGAAGAGGAAGGGAAGAGUGCCUGGCUUCCACUAACCUGCAGCCCCUGUCUUUCUGGCCAGUGGUCUGAGGAUUACCUUAGAGGUGCCCUGUGACCCUUGUGCAGAAGACAUGAGUUGUGUGCUGCCCAGGUGGUCAGAGCAAGUGGACUUCCUCCUAUCCCAAGGCAAGCACCUCUUCUGUGUAACUGGGUUCCACCCCAAUUAACAGGAAUCAUCAUAUACUAAAUAGCAGGCACUUGAAAAUGGGUGUGUUUCCUUCUGUUGUCUUUUCUGUUGAUAGUUGGGAUUUAGGAGAGAGGAAAACAAAUUUUUAUUUUCUUGACUAUAAAUCUGUUAUUCUUAGUAUUGUUUUAUUUGUAUAAUUAUACAUUAGACUGGCACUUGUAUAAAAUCAUCCCUGCGAUGGAGCAGGAAGUAAGAAUAAACAAAUGGAAAUGCUUUGGUGGGGGGAGGUUGCUAAGGAGGGGUGGGUUAGGGUGGGAGGAGUCUGGAAAGGUUGUCUAAACUGAAUCACUACUGAGUUGAACCAUGGCUGUCAUUAGUCACGGGUACUGCUGAUUAUAAGGCCAGUAAAAUAUUAGUACCUGGAGGUUUGACUCUAAUUUUUUGCACUGAUGGUGCCAAAGGGCUCUUUGAGUCACAAGGAGAGCUGAGGGUGGGCAGAGGAAGAUGUAGAAGAGAGCUGCUCACAUCACUCCAGAGUGCUUCCUCUGACCUCAUGGCCUCAGCCUGUGAGCACAGCACUAGGACUGGCCUUGGGAACAGCAGAGAUGUGUGGAUAACUACCAAGGUGUUGAUGACUGCUGCUUAGGGGUGGAUAGCACCUAGAGAGGGCAAGCGAGGCGGAACUGUGACCCGAGAAUUUGUCAGUUCUGUUGGCUUUGGGGGGUUUUCUUUGUGCAUUAGGUAAACAUGCUUUUGGAGUAUUUUGUAAAAAAAAAAAAAAAAAAUAGUAAUCAUUUGUCAAAUCUAAAUUCUGUUAAUAAACAAGGAGUUCCCUAUUACAUCUUUUAGUAGGGCCCCUGUACUCUGGGGGCAGUCAGAAUGUAAUUCUCCCCUGUAGUGCCCCUCACACAUGAAGCUUUUCCUCACCACAAUGGUCAGGAUUCCCAGCUGCUUUUAUGAAUACCACUACAACUUAACAAGCUCUUCUCUUCUAUUUGGGUCCAGAUUCCUGUUUCUGCCUUUUCAAAACUCCUCUAUGUUCUUAGGUAGAUCAACUUGGGGUCUUUGUACCUCAUCUAUAAAUUGGAGUUAUAUUUUGAGUGAAAAGCCAAGUAAAUUUAACUCAGAAUGGGCUUUAAAAUUUUUGAAGUAGAAUCUAAUAUAUAAGUGAAGUUUGGAAUUUGGAACUUUCUGUAUCUCUUAGGAGAAGCAAGUAGAAACCAAAUGGUUCAUCGUGUUGCUGGAAGUGAACAGUCUCUCCCAAUAGAAAUCAAAGGGUUUAUCCCUCUAGCCACAUGACACUACAGCUUUCCAAUAACUCACCAGGAGAAAAGUGAGUCAGUAGUACUCUCCUCCUAGCUCCAACACUACAGGUCAUUCCAUAGCUCUCUAGCACUCAAGCAGUUCCACAGUUCACAGGUCCGGAAAGCUUUGGUUUCUCUAUUAGCUCAGCCAGAACUUUGUUCUCAGUAAUUAUUUGCUUUUCUUUUCCUGCAGCUUAACCUCUUUUUGGAACUGUAACAGGGCUAAGUGGAAAAUUAUCUUGACUAUAGCUCUAGUACUCCCAAAUAUAAAUGCAUAUCUACAUUUUCUGAUGAAACUUCAGGAUGAAGUUAAUUUUGAGAAAAAAAAUCCCACCUUUUUUAAGAGUUCUUUUUUGAGCUUACCAGCCUUACUUCUUAGCUUUACCCUCCCCUUCCGGCCUCCUGUGCCUUCCAUUUCACUUUGGCCACUAUAAUCACAUUCACUUGACCUUCAAUUUAUGUCAUCCUUUCAGGGUAGUGAAAUUAGCUGUUCCUCAUCCUGAAAUGAGAUUGGUCAUCAUCAUAGCAGUUUUCUCAAAGUUGAGUGACUAGAAGGAACAGUCUCGUGUACUAAAAGGUACAAGGCAAGGGGAGCAGAACAACCUCUGCAGAGCCAGAAAGCCAUGUGAGCUGUGGAUGCAACCUAUGACACUGCUCUCGUGUGCGAGUCUAAUGGCUCUCAUGUUAUUAAGUGGCGGAUUUCAUCUAGCAUGUCUCCCCUUUUCAGAGAAAAGACAGCCAAAUCAACAACCCCUCAAAGUGCUAUCAUUUAAAAUGAUGAUCAUCACCCCAGCCGUAUAUUUUGUAUACUAUAAAUCUGCUAACUUGGACUGCUGGAGUUAUGUUGGCUUUUGAAACCUAAAUCGUAGCUAUUUAUUGUAUUGCAUGGGAGCUAUAUUUCAUGAGGGUUUUUUCCCCCACAUCGUUUUCCUCCCAGACUUCUAAUGGCUGCUAGUAAGAAUAAAUCCCUUUUAGAAAUGUUUUACUUCUUUGUCUUUGAAGAAGGGGAGAGGAUAAACCUGCCUUUUAGAAGCAAAAGAAAAUAAUCCUGCCUAUGAGCUGUCUUUAACUCUUAUGUCUUCUCCUUGACAUGGGUAAGUGGCAUGGUGCCUGGCACCUGCACUCCCCCUGGAAGCCUCCCGCAGUUGGUGUGGAAUAUUGUUUAGAGCUACCUGAGCUUUGCUCAGUAUUUCUUCCCUAUAUGCCACAGAGGACACCAUAGGCUCUUAAAAUACACAGCAAGAUCUUAUGGAAGUUUCUGUGGCCUCAUUUUUUUCCCUCUAGGAGAAAAAUUUUGGUUUUAUUUUUCUGAUUCUUCCACCCCUAUUCAGCAUAAUCUCUAAAAUUGUUCUUUUUUCAAGGCCGGAGUUCCUGUUGUUUUGUCACUUUGCCUUCCCCACUAGUACUGAGGUUUUGGAUAUAAAUUGAUAGGGAAAAAAGUAAACCUAGAAAAAGACCCUCCCCACCGUUUCCAGGUGCCAACCACAAAGCAGACAUACUACAGCAAUGGUAACCGUAAUGUGCACACUGCUGGUUAUUUUUAAUAAGCCUCUUCCUACUAGAGCAUUUUAUUUUCCUCAUCCGCCAUACAAUCAUGUACUCUAUAACAGAAAUUGCUUAAAAGAAAUCUGGAACUAUCUUUUAAAAAACCUUAAUAAUAAUCAUGUAUUUUUACUGAUCACAUUUUGAAAUGCCUAAAAGACUUUAUUGUUCUAAUUAUCCAGAUGUACCUUUGUAAAAUAGCUCUUUUAUGAAUUAGGUGAUAAGGCUGUAUGUUUCUGGAACAAAAUAUUGGUCAUCUAAAAACUUUCUGUUUUCUGGGGUCUGGGAAAAUAGAAAAUAAGAGUUCAAAUAUUAAAUAAGCUUAAAGAACCAA